AGUCACUCAGUAAAACCACCGAUCACACACACAACCUUUGGUAUAAGUUUUACGAGAUUGAAAGCGAACCUGAGUAAAUUGAGACAUAAAAUUACAGAAACAAAACUCGCAUAGAAAUAUCCUAAAGACAGUAUCAGCUUAUUGAGGAGAAGUCGGUACGCUUAUUCACUUCGUGUGAGUUACGACGGGCAGGACUCAACAUUAAAAGCGACGUUACUGACGGCUGGAAUGAAAUAAAAAUGGUGGCCUCUGGCCUCCGCUACACCAUUUUCAAGAUGGAUGAAAAGAAAGAGAAUGUUGUGAUGGAGAAGAAAAAGAUGAUAACUGAGUGUUGCCAUGAAGAUGUCCUAGAUGACCUUCCAACAGAUGAACCAAGAUACGUCGCUCUUAAUCUGGACUAUAAAAAUGAAGAAGGGGCAGAAAGAAGCAAACUUGUUCUUAUAUUUUGGUGUCCCGAUAACUGUGGCAUCAAAAACAAGAUGGUGUCUGCGGCUACUUUCAAAGAUGUCAGGAAGAAAUGUCCUGGUGGUGCUAAAUGCCUAGAGAUCCAGGACAGAUUCGACUUGUCAUUUGAAGCACUAAAAGAAAAACUGAAGAAUGUCAAGUGACUUUUUAAUUUCAUUUUUUAAGUAUCCAUUUAAAACUGGAUAGCAAACUUUGUUAGAAUGUCGUAAUUUCAACACCUUGCACUUGGAAAUCAACAUAGUGUGAUAUAUGUAUAAAUGGUAAAUAAUGACAUCAACUAUUGAUUUAGCUCAGAAUCUCAUGUCUUUUUUCUAGUGAACACCACCAAAACAUAAUAAAGUGAUUGGUUAAGUA